AGGAGCCGCAGCCAAGAUCAUGAAGGCGUUGAGCACUGCCGUCAUCCUGUCUGCCGUCAUGGCCUGUGCCGUCGCUGGAGGACUCCUAGGUGGCUACGGCCUUGGAGGCGGCUAUGGCUUUGGUGGUGGAUAUGGACUUGGUUACGGCGGCUACGGCCUCGGAUACGGUGGAGGCUUGGGAUAUGUUGGAGGCUACGGUGGAGGCUAUGGCUACGGCGGAGGCUACGGCGGAGGCUACGGCGGAGGCCUCGGUGGUGCUGGCAUUGGUGGCGUAGGUGUCGGCAGCAGCGUCGCUCUUCUUAGAAGAGGACCUCCAUUUGCCAAGGCCGUGGCUGGACCAGCCUUUGUGGUCAGGACCAUUCACCAUGUCAACAAAGUCAGCGGCGGAGGAGCCCUGCUCGCUCACUCGGGCCUCGGCGGUGGAUACGGUGGCGGCUACGGAUAUGGUGGCGGCUACGGAUAUGGUGGUGGCUACGGAUAUGGUGGUGGCUACGGCGGCGGGUAUGGAUAUGGCCUCUACGGCUACAAAGGCUAACUUUCAUCAUUGCCUGCUUAGUACUGCCAUUUUCAUCACUGAAGACGGAAAAGCAGUUGGUAGCGGUGUCCGCUACGGAAGCACCUACUGCUGCACGAGGUGCGCGCCAAGUGCCAUCCAGCAGUGCAAGGUGCUAGGCCCUCUGAUGAGAGGAGUCCCGGCGUUUCCGUGCACAUAAAUCUUCUCAC